GGUGUGUAAAGUGCUUUGGGGUCCCUAGGGGGGACUAGUAAAAGCGCUAUACAAAUACAGGCCAUUUACCAUUUACUAAGGAAUAUCACCAGCAUCUUUUAACUGUCAUUUUAAUGAUCAACUGUAAGUGAAUGCUUUAUUUGUACAAGUGUAUUGAGUAUUUUGCAAUAGCAGAAAUCACACCUAAACAGAGUCAAGAGUUGGUUGGCUGUAAGGUGAGGAGGACAGUAUGUGUCUGGCCCCUCCUCAGACUCCUGCGCUGGUUAUCAAACCAACAACAUUUUCUUCUGCCUGAGUGACAGAAAUCACCCAGAGCUGUUUGUGAAGAGGAUCUGUAUUUGUUCAAUUAUGGACUCUUCUGGGGAAAAAACAGGAAAAUGCACCGAGGCAGUGAAAGAGGAUUUAAAGGAAAGUGCAGCGGCUGCUUGCGCACAGAGCUCCCGAGGCUGUUGCCACAUAUGUGUCCCUCGGUUUAUUCCGUCAGUUUACCGCAAUGAGCUUGUGCAACUUUCCAAACUGGCGGGACCAGUGGUCAUUUCCCAGUUCAUGAUUUUCAUGAUCAGUUUUGUCAGCACGGUGUUCUGUGGUCACCUGGGGAAAACUGAACUUGCAGCUGUAGCAUUAUCAAUUGCGGUAGUUAACGUCACUGGUAUUUCCAUUGGCACCGGUUUGUCGUUAACUUGUGAUACCCUCAUAUCUCAGACGUAUGGGAGCGGUAACUUGAAGCGUGUGGGUGUGAUUCUCCAGAGGGGAGUUCUGAUUCUGCUGCUGGCCUGUUUCCCUUGUUGGGCCAUCCUCAUCAACACUGAGCCUCUCCUACUUGCUGUCAAACAGAGUCCAGAGGUCGCCAGCCUCUCCCAGCUCUAUGUGAAGAUCUUCAUGCCCGCUCUGCCGGCUGCUUUCAUGUACCAUCUGCAGGGGAGGUAUCUUCAAAAUCAGGGAAUUAUAUGGCCUCAAGUUAUAACUGGAGCAAUCGGAAAUGUCUUUAAUGCAAUAUUCAACUACGUCCUCAUCCAUCAGCUGGAUUUGGGUGUUGCUGGAUCAGCAGCAGCCAGUGCCAUCUCCCAGUAUUUGUUGGCAUCGGUCUUAUUCAUUUACAUGUACUUGAGAGGUCUGCAUAAGGCCACAUGGGCAGGUUGGUCCCUCGACUGUCUCCAGGAGUGGGGACCCUUUGCCCAGCUGGCUGUCCCCAGCAUGCUCAUGCUCUGUCUGGAGUGGUGGGUGGUUGAAGUGGGAGGAUUCCUGGCUGGUGUGAUCAGUGAGGCCGAGUUGGGAGCUCACUUGAUAUCCUACGAAUUGACUAUUACUGCAUACAUGAUUGCAUUAGGGUUUGCUAGUGCUGCCAGCGUACGGGUUGGGAAUGCACUUGGUGCAGGAAACAUCGAGCAGGCCAAGCUGUCGUGCAAAGUCCCCAUCAUCUGUGCAUUCAUAAUUGCAUGCUUUGUUAGUAUUAUUUUUGGCGUCUCAAAGGAUGUCAUCGGAUACAUUUUCACAUCAGAGCCCGAUAUUUUGCAGAGGGUUUCUGACCUCAUGUUGAUAUUUAGUUUCUUGCAUCUUGGUGAUGCAAUUGCGGCUGUGGCUGGAGGAGUUGUCAGAGGUGUAGGAAAACAGUCGGUUGGUGCUCUGUGUAACCUGGUCGGGUACUACUUUAUUGGCUUACCCACUGGUGUGUCUCUGAUGUUUGCAGCCAAAAUGGGGGUUGUAGGAUUUUGGACAGGCCUUACGGUUUGCGUGUUCGUGCAGUCGAUCUUUUUCAUCACAUUUUUGUGCAAACUCGAUUGGAAGAAGGCUGCUGAAGAGGCUGAAGUGCGAGCGGGAGUCCGCAUCAAAGAAGAAAAAGACACGAUCAAGAUGGAAAAUAGAGGUGAGUGGGCAAACUGGCUGAAACAUCCCAUUAUUACAGUGUCUUAUUCAUGCUUCUCUUUCCAAACCCUAGACUCUAAUCACAUCCAGACCCCAAUCAGUACUAUUGGAUCCAGUGGUGAGAGCGCCGGGGUGGACCACGUAUACAUGGAGGUGCAAAUACCAGAAGAGAGUCAAACCACCAACACCACUACAGUGGGAGAUGUUCUGUCAGUGUCACAGCUGGUGGUACGGCGCGGCCUGGCGAUACUCAUCAUGAUCCUCAUCCUCGCUGCUGGAGUCAUUACCAACACCGUCCUCACCCCGCUGCUCAAAUGAUGUAAUGGGUUAAAUGUAUUGUUGUGUAUAUACAUACACGCUUAGUAUAUUUAGUGUGCACACAAAAAAUACCACUUUUUAUUUUAUUUGCCUUAAUCAACAUAUCACAAAAAGAUAUCAGAAAUACCAAAAGAAAAUUAAAGAAUUUAAUUUAAUUUAGCUAUCUCUUCUGUCUAAUUAUGUGUCUUUUACAGAAACUAUGUAUGAAAUAGCAUAUUUAUUUAUAGCUAAUAGCUAAUAAUAGUUGUAUUUCUGAUUUCAUAUAAGGUUUUUUUUAGUGUUUAUUAAUGUUUGCUAAUUAUAUGUUUUAAAUAAAGAUUAGAUUCACAUUCAGAUACAUAUCAGCCCAUGCAAUAAAUGACAUCUUCUCAGACAGUUUCAU